UCGGUGGAUGUAAAACCAAUGUCACUGUUGCACCCAAUUUUUGUGUGAACCGAUUUUCAUUCUUCCCAAACAGGCCCCAGGCCUCCAAAUGAAACACCAUAAAUAUGCCAAGAGCAGCUGGUCUUUCUACUACACAUCCACUCCACUAUCUUCCACAGAGCAUUCACAGGUCUUUGUUUGUUUGUGGAUAGGAAAAGUCCAUCAACUCUUUUCCAACAGUUGGUUGUCCUUCCACCUGGCACUCAUUGUCCACACCCCCACACACAGUUUUUUUAAUUGCACAAUAAUGUUCAUAGAGAACUAGCUAUUGGCUCACAAGAUCAGAGGAACAAUUAGUUCUCUCUCUCUCUCUCUCCCCCUGAUUACUUUUCAUGGAUCCAAAAAUUCUCUUUAUACUCUCAUCCUUUUUAUCUCUGUCACUACCUUCAGAAGUUGAAGCAGCAGCAAUAGCAAACUCCCAAAUCACUGUCAUGGGUAUUGUUUACUGUGACAUUUGCUCCAACAACACCUUCUCCAGGCACAGCUACUUCAUGCCAGGUGUGGAAGUUAGAAUAGAUUGCACAUUCAAAGCAGUUUCUCCGAAAACUACAGAACAGAUUUCAUUAUCAGUCAACAGAACUACAGACAAGAAUGGAGUGUACAAGUUGGCAAUACCAUCCGUUGAUGGAAUUGAAUGUGCAAGAGAGAAAGCAAUGGAGUCUUCAUGCAGGGCAAGCUUGAUGUGGAGCUCAUCUUCUUCAUGCAAUGUUCCUGGAUACAGAACGACAUCCGAUGAGAUAGCAGUGAAAUCAAGACAAGCAAAUCUCUGCAUUUACUGUCUAAAUGCAUUGAAUUAUAGACCAUCUAGGAUAGAUAUUACCUUAUGUCAAAAUUAGGAAAGUGUGUACUUGUCAACUUCUUUCCAUAUUUGCGCCUAGUAUUCCCUUGCAUUUCCAUCCUUAAUGGGCUAGUAUUGAAUUAGGAUCCUCUACUUGCACUCUCUCCUUAUCUCUCUACUAGCUAUUGUAUAAGAUGAUCCAACGAUUCAGAUUGGCUAUUUUAAAAAUAAAAAUAAAAA